AUGACUUCUGUUCUUGAUACGCCAUGUCAUCAAGAAAGACCAUCAUUGCUCUCAGCCUCAAGCGGUUAUGAAAAUUAUCGAGGUUUUCUCAAUCUUCUUUAUGUUAUUCUGGGCAUAGGAAGUUGUCGACUUGUACUAGAAAAUAUUAUUCAAUAUGGUUUAUUAGUUGAGUUUGAUUGGCCAAUAAGAUUUCUUCAAGAUCCAACGAAUUGGCCGUCAGUAUUGCUCAUUCUCCUUGUGAAUUGUUUCAUCCUAUUUGACUUCGCAUUAGAAAAAAGACUAAGUCAAUUGCAACAAUCAUGUCCAAAAGUGGAAAAUCAAUAUGUGUUCAUUCAAUUUCUUAAUCUAUUCAUAAUAUUAGUUUUUCCAGCAACUUAUAUCUAUUGGCGCCAACCGAAUCCAGUUGGAGCAUUCAUUGCUGUUUGCAUUUAUUCCGUUGUGUUUUUGAAACUAUUCUCAUACAUACAUGUCAACCAUCGAUAUCGAAAAGCUCUGAUCGAAAAAAAGAAUGAUUCGCAUGAAAAAGCGUCUCACCCAAAAGGCCCAAUAGUCUAUCCAAACAAUCUAUCUUACACGAAUCUCUAUUACUUUAUGUUUGCUCCAACGCUUUGCUACGAAUUAAAUUUUCCCCGCUCACCACGUAUACGAAAACGAUUCAUACUACGACGUUGUGGAGAAAUUCUUGUUCUUCUCUCUUUACAAUAUUGUUUGGGACAACAAUGGAUCCUACCGAUUUUACGUACACUCGAUCGACCAUUGAAUCAGUAUUCGACUUUACAAAACGUCGAACGUCUGCUCCGUCUUGCUCUACCCAAUCAUCUGCUUUGGUUGAUCCUAUUCUAUGUGUAUUUUCAUUCAACGUUGAACCUUCUCGCCGAACUCUUACGUUUUGGAGAUCGAUUAUUCUAUCGUGACUGGUGGAAUGCAACAGAUUUAUAUGAAUUCUGGAAUCGUUGGAAUACAAGUGUACAUGAUUUCUGUAAGCGACAUGUUUAUAAGCCCUUAGUAGUACAAUAUGGUUUCAAUAAAAUAAUCGGCUCAUUAGUUGUCUUCGCCAUUAGUGCAUUUUUUCAUGAAUAUUUAAUCAGCGUGCCUCUGCGUAUGCUUCGGCCAUGGAGCUUUCUAGCAAUGAUGGUUCAACUUCCGAUGGGUUUAGUUGUCCGACGAAUCAAACAUGAAAAUAAAACUUAUGGGAAUAUUGCCGUGUGGAUCUCACUUAUACUAAUUCAACCGAUUGCAAUUCUCCUCUACAUUCAAGAUUUAUUCUACCGAGAUUUUAUCAAAGAUAAAUCUUAA